GAAGAACAUGACCAUGUUUCACUUUCCAUCUCUUUCCUAAAUAUAGACACUAGCCCAUGACUUUGAAUAGGUCAAAAUCUCUUUCUUUCUCUUUCUUUCUCUUUCUCUCUCUUCUCUCAUUGUCUUUGUCUUAUAUCAUCUUGUCUCUCCUCCCUCAUUUUCUCUCCAUUCUCCUGUAUUUCCUUUCCACCAGGAGAAAACUAAGGAACCGAUAACUCGCAAACCCAUCAAAAAAAAAAAAAAAAUGCCAUCAGGCAAACCUUCUUCUUCUGUCUUCUCUUUACAUCCCAAACCAACACCAUUAAAACCUUCAAGCAGCACCACCAGCAACAACAACACCACAAACCAAGCAUGCGCGGCUUGCAAAUACCAACGUAGAAAAUGUGCUCCUGAUUGUCUUCUCGCUCCCUACUUCCCUCACGACCGUCACCGCCAAUUCCUCAAUGCUCAUAAGCUCUUCGGUGUAAGCAACAUCACCAAGAUCAUCAAAGACCUUAGCCCUCCUGAUAAAGACGCGGCUAUGUACACAAUCAUGUUUCAGUCCGAUGCUCGUGCGAAUGAUCCCAUCGAAGGAUGUUAUAGCAUCAUUAGAAAGCUUCAGUACCAGAUCGAGUACUCAAAAAACGAGUUGGACAUGGUUAUUCAGCAAUUGGCUGUGUUCCGUAAUCAUCAUCAAGAACCGCAUAUUCAGAUUCAAGAACCUGAGGAUCUCUCGAGUUUUUCGAGUUCUUGUGAUCUAAACAACAACAACUCGAUUACUUACAACUACCCUCUUCAUCAUGUCCAAGAACCAGUUCAACAGCAACAAGAACAACAACAAUAUUGUGCUUCUGGAAACUUUAAUGGGUUACAAGAAGACAUGUGGUGCCUUCAACUUCAAGAUUCAUCAACGACGGUGAAUAUGAAGGGUGGCUUCAUUGAUGAAUGUGAGGACGUUAAGCCUGUGGAAGAGGUUUCUAGUGAAACACACGAGUUCGAGCAGCAUCAUGAUGGUUUCGUUGAAGAACCAUACAUCAUUUCUUCUUAGCUUUUCCUUUUUCUUUUGUUCUAUUGGAUUCUUAUUAUUUUCUUGAUUUUAGAAUCAUUUUUCUAGGGCUAACAAAAUCUCCUUUCGCUGAUCGAUCUCAAUAGUUAUUUCUAAAUUUGUUGUCUUUUGGAUUAUUUUUGUAUCUCAUUUUGGUAAAAUUUGUUAAUAGGAAUAUUAAAUGUUAAAGAAGCAUGGAAUCUUCAAGAUAAAUGUUACACAAGAAUUUGAUGGAAUAAAACACAUUUUAAUAGCUUAUGUAUGAAAUAUGAUUGUUCAAUAAUAAAAAUAGGCCUAUUGACACUGAAACAAAUAGCAUUACAUCGCUUAGGUAAAGAGAAGAACCUGUGUUUUCACUUUACAUCGUUUUCUUGGAUUUUCUGUAUCUCAUUUGGUCAAAUUUUAUA